UUUUCCCCAGGCUUCAGCAGAUAAAGUCAUCCCAUGCGUUAAUGUGAACAUCUUUGAAACUGUAAACUUCUCUGUGAUACUGUGCAAAGACAGGCAGUGGCUUGACAAAAUGUGUUUUUCAUUUGGUGUGGAUAGGAAUACUCACUUUCUCACAUGCACUGCAACCCUGAACUUAUCUAGACAUUACCCGGAGGAGCUGUAUGUGAGAACGCAAAUGUCCAUAUCGGUUGGACCGGACAUUAAACAGAUUUUACCCUGCCAGCUCCCUAGCGCAAAGUCUGUGUAAUGUCCGAUUGAGCCCAUGUGUGAAUAGAGCAGGUCAUUGUCCGGAUAAUUCACAGCGAGGGAGUGGGCGAGUUGAUGAUGUUUCUAUCAUGCGACUGGCGCGAAACCGGAAGAAUACACACAUCCGAAGGUGAAGAAGAAGGGUCAUUUACACAAAGACGGCAACGAAAAUGUCUAACUGGAGAGACAACAAGAUUCGGGAACUUUUGUCGGUAAGGGCCGACGCCGAAAUCGUCAGACAAAUUCAAGGAACGGCAAGAGACUCGGUUGUUUAUGAUCAAAUUACGAACCGGCUACAUGACCGCGGUGUAAUCCGAGCCAAGGCGCAGGUGAACAGCAAACUAAAAGCACUCAAAAGGCAGUACCAUCAGGUCAUUGACCACAAUGGCCGGAGUGGAAACGACCGCAAAACAUGGUGCUAUUUUCGUUUGUGCGAGGCUAUAUGGGGUCCGAGUCACUCGACGAACCCUGUGGGUUUGGUCGGGAGCAUGGAGACGGCCUCCGCCUCAAGAAGCCAGGAGACGCUUUCCACCUCGAGUUGCCCUGAGACGCCAUCUACCUCGAGUUUCCCCGAGACGCCAUACAGCGACACUGAAGAGCAGACUCUAGUCCAUGAAACUGAUGUGUCGAUCAACGAUUCGGUUUUAAGUACAGAGUUGUUGUGUCGUUCUCCACCUAAGAAGAAGAGGAGGAGGAACCAGACACGCUCAGAAAGGUUAUCUGCAGAGAUGAGGGACCUGUUCAGUGAGAUUGACAAGGACUUCAAUGAGCGAGAACAGCUUUGGUUGUUGGAGCAGCGGGAGUACAAGGAGCGGGUAUGGAGAGAGGCACGGGUGGAGAAGGCGCAGGAGAUGGCCGUUCUUCAGGACAUGACUUCUCUACUCUGACAAAUGGUCCAGCGGAUGCCUGCCAUGCAGCCUCAAUA